AUGGAAAAUGAAGAAGAUAAAGAUAUGGUUAUGUUGCAUUUAGUCAGAAGAAACAACAAAAGCUUUUACGACCUUGCUAAGAUUUACAAAUCUGACAGAAAUUGGUUCUAUCGCGAAAACUUACCGAUUUCAAUGACCCCAAAUGAAGAUGUGAAACAAAUAGUUCAAGAUACGUUACCUCAAACACACUAUGAUAUGAAAGGUUGUACAAUACUUACCUUCAAAGAAGAUUUGCCAUUGUUAAAGGAAAAAAUAACAGAGUAUUUUGACAACUUCAAACAAGUAGAGUAG